AUGUCAUUUAGACCAGGAAGUAGAGGUGGAAACCGUGGUGGUUCUAGAGGUGGUUCUAGAGGCGGUGCCAGAGGUGGUUCCCGUGGUGGCUUCAGAGGCGGCCGUGGUGGUGCCAGAGGUGGUACUCGUGGUGGUUCCAGAGGUGGUCCACGUGGUGGUGCUAGAGGUGGUGCUAGAGGUGGUGCCCGCGGUGGUGCCAAAGUAGUUAUUGAGCCUCACAAGCAUGCUGGUGUUUUCAUUGCUAGAGGCAAAGAAGAUCUUUUAGUCACAAAGAAUAUGGCUCCAGGUGAAUCUGUCUACGGUGAAAAGAGAAUUUCUGUUGAAGAACCAUCAAAGGAAGAUGGUGUCCCACCAACUAAAGUCGAAUAUCGUGUCUGGAAUCCAUUCAGAUCUAAGUUAGCCGCUGGUAUCAUGGGUGGUUUAGACGAAUUAUUCAUUGCUCCAGGUAAGAAAGUUUUAUAUUUAGGUGCUGCCUCUGGUACCUCCGUUUCUCACGUAUCUGAUGUUGUCGGUCCAGAAGGUGUCGUCUACGCCGUCGAAUUCUCUCACAGACCAGGUAGAGAAUUAAUCUCCAUGGCCAAGAAGAGACCAAAUGUUAUCCCAAUCAUUGAAGAUGCCAGACACCCACAAAAAUACAGAAUGUUAUUAGGUAUGGUUGACUGUGUCUUCGCGGAUGUUGCCCAACCAGAUCAAGCCCGUAUCAUCGCUUUGAACUCCCACAUGUUCUUAAAAGACCAAGGUGGUGUCGUUAUCUCCAUCAAAGCUAAUUGUAUUGACUCCACUGUUGAUGCUGAAACUGUUUUCGCAAGAGAAGUCCAAAAAUUACGUGAAGAACGUAUCAAACCAUUAGAACAAUUAACCUUAGAACCUUAUGAAAGAGACCAUUGUAUUGUCAUUGGUAGAUACAUGAGAAGUGGCCUAAAGAAGUAG